GUGCCGGCGCUCGGUGAUCCUGGGAUUCCCGUCCCUGUCCAGACCUGGUCCAGACUCUCCUUCAUCAUGUUUUGCAUGUUAAAUGUGUGUUUGUGAUCCGGGGAGCUGCUGCAGGACUCUGCCGGGUCAGAGAGUCCCCCUGCCGGACUGGGUCUCUGGAGGUCGGGAUGCGGGUUUUGUCCUGGAUGCGGACUAGCGGACUCUAAUCUUCGGGUUUAGACGGCGGCUGCAGUCCGGGAGGAUUUAACGUGAUUCCAGUCUCAGAGGGUCCAGGUCUGCUUUAAAGGGUCGGUCCUGAUCUGUCCUCACGGAGCCCAGGUCCGAGGGGCUGAACCGGGUCCUCAUUGAUCGAUCAGGAUCCCUCAGUCAGACAUGUGGUCCGAUCAGAGGAUCUGUCUCAUAGUGACCUUCUCUGGACACAUGUAGACCCCCCUGCAGGGUCCUUUAACCUCCAGGGGGUUCUGGUCCGGAUUCUUAGUCCGUUAAACGGGUCUCCAGCAGAAAGCACAUUUAUGAGAACUGACCCUGCAGGGAUCCGUAGCUGUCAUCUGAGUCCAGCAGGGACCACCAUUAGCUCUGAUGCUAACAGGGUCUCACAUUCAGAUCCUUUAAGGAGACUUAAGACUGAGACCAGGUCCUCAGAUCCAGUCUGAUCCUCCUCCAUACUGAGACCAGGUCCCCAGAUCCAGUCUCAUCCUCCUCCAUACUGAGACCAGGUCCUCAGAUCCAGUCUGAUCCUCCUCCAUACUGAGACCAGGUCCACGUCUCUGUGAGCCUCGUGGGUCGGCUCUGAACAGGCUGUCAGUGAUGAGGGUGUGAGGUUGUCCACAUCCUCAUCCUGAUCCUCAUCACCUGUAAACCCCCAGCAGCCCUCCUGACCCAGGCGCCCCCUUCAUGUCUGAACCGCCUCAGAGUGGAGUUUGAGAUUCCCUGACCCACCUUGACCCUGUGACCCUUAGACCCUUUGCACCCGGGCACAAAGUAGACCCUGAGAUAAUCCUCUGGUAGUCCUCUUUAAAGGUGAGACCUGCAGGGUUUAAGGGUCCACCCUCCUCACAGAGGUUUAAGAGGAUCCAGUCCUCAUGAGUCCUGCAGAGUGUGUUUCCUGACUCUGAGGAUGGAGCGUUGAAUCAUGGGACAUGUAGUUGGAUGUGUCAGUGUUAGAGAGACUACAGAGAUGUGUUAGGAGCAGCAGGACCUCGACUGCGUGUCAGAUCUCAAACCUCGUCUCACUUCCUGGUCUGACCCGCGGGGACACUGAUUGUGGGUUUCCAGGUCUGAGAUGUCGGAUAAGACGGCGCCGCGCUGCCAGCUCAGGCUGGAGUGGAUCCACGGGUACCGAGGUCACCAGUGUCGGAACAACCUGUACUACACCGCGGGGAAGGAGGUGGUCUACUUCGUGGCCGGGGUGGGCGUGGUCUACAACACCCGAGAACACACCCAGAAGUUCUACCUGGGACACAACGAUGACAUCAUCAGUCUGGCGAUGCAUCCAGAUAAGAUCCAGGUGGCGACGGGUCAGGUGGGUAAGGAUCCCUACAUCUGUAUCUGGGACACGUACGCCAUGCAGACCGUCUCCAUCCUGAGGGACGUCCACACGCACGGAGUCGCGUGUUUGGCCUUCGACUCUGACGGACAGCGGCUAGCGUCCAUCGGUCUGGACGCCAAGAACACGUUGUGUGUUUGGGACUGGAGGAGAGGACGAGUCCUCGCCACGGCAACCGGACACUCAGACAGAAUCUUUGACGUGGCCUGGGAUCCGUUCCAAGCCAACCGCCUGGUCAGCUGUGGAGUCAAACACAUCAAGUUCUGGACUCUGUGCGGGAACGCUCUGACCCCUAAGAGAGGGAUCUUUGGGAAGACCGGGGACCUGCAGACCAUCCUGUGUGUCUCUGCAGCCAAAGAGGAGCUGACGUACUCCGGAGCUCUGAACGGGGACGUCUACGUGUGGAAGGGGAUCACUCUGAUCCGGACUGUGCAGGCGGCUCACGGGGCGGGGAUCUUCAGCAUGCACUCCUGUGAGGAAGGGUUCGCCACAGGAGGACGAGACGGCUGCAUCCGGCUCUGGGACGUGGACUUCAAACCCAUCACCAAGAUCGACCUGAGGGAGGCGGAGCAGGGAUACAAAGGUCUGUCCAUCCGCAGCGUGUGCUGGAAGGCGGACCGGAUCCUGGCCGGGACGCAGGACAGUGAGAUCUUUGAGGUCAUGGUCCGAGACCGGGACAAGCCGGUCCUGCUGAUGCAGUCUCACAGCGAGGGCGAGCUGUGGGCGCUGGACCUGCACCCCAAACAGCCGGUCGCCGUCACGGGGAGCGACGACCGCUCGGUCAGGCUCUGGAGUCUCCCGGACCACACCCUGCUGGCUCGCUGUAACAUGGAGGAGUCGGUCCGCAGUGUCUCCUUUAACAACGACGGCUCUCAGCUGGCUCUGGGCAUGAAGGACGGGUCCUUCACGGUGCUGCGGGUCAGGGACAUGACGGAGGUGGUCCACAUCAAGGACAGGAAGGAGGUGAUCCACGAGCUGAAGUUCUCCCCUGACGGUUCCUUCCUGGCGGUGGGAUCGAACGACGGACUGGUGGACCUCUACGCCGUCGCCCAGCGCUACAAGAAGGUGGGCGAGUGCAGCCGGUCCUCGUCCUUCAUCACCCACCUGGACUGGUCUGUGGACAGCCGCUUCCUGCAGACCAACGAUGGCGCCGGAGAGCGGCUCUUCUACAGGAUGCCAGCGGGGAAGCUGGUCCCUAAAGAGGAGGCCAAAGGGAUCCACUGGAUGACGUGGACCGGUGUAGUUGGGACGGAGGUGAACGGCAUCUGGCCCAAAUACUCCAACAUCUCCAACGUGAACUCCGUGGACGCCAACUACAGCAGCGCCGUGCUGGUGACCGGGGACGACCUGGGCCUCGUCAAGCUCUUCAGGUUCCCCUGCCUGAAGAAGGGAGCCAAGUUCAAGAAGUACAUCGGACACUCGGCCCACGUGACCAACGUCCGCUGGUCCAACGACCUGCAGUGGGUCCUCAGCACAGGGGGGGCAGACCACGCCGUCUUCCAGUGGAGGUUCCUGCCUGAGGGGGUCAUGAACGGCGUCCUGGAGCCCCUCCUCCAAGAGGGGUACGCGGACUCUAACAGCGGGGAGUCGGACUCUGACGUGUCGGACGUCCCGGAACUGGACUCGGACAUCGAACAGGAAGCUCAGACCAACUACGAACGCCAGGUCUAUAAGGAGGACCUGCCUCAGCUGAGGAAGAAGCUGGUCGGUUCCCUGAAGAGGCAGAAAGCUCCUGAGGAGGGUCUCCGUCUGCAGUUUGUACACGGGUACCGGGGCUUUGACUGCCGUAACAACCUGUUCUACAGUCAGUCUGGGGAGGUGGUCUACCACGUGGCCGCCGUCGCCGUGGUCUACAACCGUCUGCAGCACAGUCAGAGGUUCUACCUGGGCCACGACGACGACAUCCUCAGCCUCAACGUCCACCCGCUCAAAGACUACGCCGCCUCCGCUCAGGUGGGUAGAGACCCUGCAGUCCACGUGUGGGACAUCCAGACUCUGAAGUGUCUGUCUCUGCUGAAAGGACACCACAGCAGAGGAGUGUGUGCGCUGGAGUUCACAGCCGAUGGGAAGAGUCUGGUCUCGGUGGGAAUCGAUGAGUUUCACUCCAUCGUGAUCUGGGACUGGAAGAAAGGAGAGAGACUAGCCAAGGCCAGGGGUCACAAGGAGAAGAUCUUCGUGGUGAAGAGUAACCCGUUCAGGAUGGACAAGCUGGUCUCUGUCGGCAUGAAGCACAUCAAGUUCUGGCAGCACUCAGGGGGCGGUCUGACCUUCAAACGGGGGAUCUUUGGGAACCUGGGGAAGCAGGAGUCCAUGAUGUCGGCGUGCUACGGCCGGUCUGAGGAUCUGGUUUUCUCCGGAGCGACCAACGGAGACGUCUACAUCUGGAGGGACACGACGCUCAUCAAGACCGUCAAGGCUCACGACGGACCCGUGUUCGCCAUGUGCUCGCUGGACAAGGGUUUCGUGACGGGAGGGAAGGACGGCAUCGUGGAGCUGUGGGACGACAUGUUCGAGAGGUGUCUGAAGACGUACGCCAUCAAGAGAGCCGCGCUGUCUCCGUCCUCCAAAGGGCUGCUGCUGGAGGACAACCCGUCCAUCAGAGCCAUCACUCUGGGACACGGUCACAUCCUGCUGGGGACCAAGAACGGAGAGAUCCUCGAGAUCGACAAGAGUGGACCCAUGACGCUGCUGGUUCAGGGUCACAUGGAGGGCGAGGUGUGGGGUUUGGCGGCUCACCCUCUGCUCCCCGUCUGCGCCACCGUCAGCGACGAUAAGACUCUGAGGAUCUGGGAGCUCUCCAACAACCACCGCAUGGUCGCCGUACGAAAACUGAAGAAGGGUGGGCGGUGCUGCGCCUUCUCUCCGGACGGGAAGGCUCUGGCGGUCGGUCUGAACGACGGCAGCUUCCUGGUGGUGAACGCCGACACGCUGGAGGACAUGGUGACCUUCCAUCACCGCAGGGAGCUCAUCUCCGACAUCCGCUUCUCACAAGACGCGGGGAAGUACCUGGCUGUGGCGUCACAUGACUCCUUCGUGGACAUCUACAACGUGCUGACCAGUAAGAGGGUCGGCAUCUGUAAGGGGGCGGGGAGCUACAUCACGCACAUCGACUGGGACGCCAGAGGUAAGCUGCUGCAGGUGAACACCGGCGCCAAAGAGCAGCUGUUCUUUGAGGCGCCGCGAGGACGCAAACAGAACAUCAGCAUGGCCGAGUUCGAGAAGCUGGACUGGGCGAGCUGGACUUCGGUUCUGGGUCCGGCCUGUGAGGGAGUCUGGCCGGCGCUCAGCUUCGUUAACUCCGCCUCCCUCACCAAAGAUCGUAAACUGCUCGCCACGGGAGACGACUUCGGCUUCCUCAAACUGUUCAGCUUCCCGUCACGGGGUCAGUUCUCGAAGUUUAAGAAGUACGUGGGUCACAGCACCAACGUGACGAACGUCCGAUGGUCCAAUGACGACUCCCUCCUGCUGUCAGUGGGCGGAGCCGACACGGCGCUGAUGAUCUGGACCCGAGAGCCUCCGGGUCACAAAGAGAGCAAAGCCGUGGACAGCGAGGAGUCGGACGACGACACCGAGGAGGACGGAGGGUACGACAGCGACGUGGCCCGGGAGAAGGUGGUGGACUACAUCACGAAGAUCUACUCUGCCAGCAUCAGAAACAUGACGGGGACCAGACCUCACCUGCAGCACAAAGAGCUUCCUGUGGAGGAGAGGCCCCCGGUGAGUCGAGCCGCCCCGCUGCCCGACAAGCUGCUGAGGAACAACGUGACCAAGAAGAAGAAGGUGGUGGAGGAACUCGUGUUGGAGCACGUCUUCGGCUACCGAGGCUUCGACUGUCGCAACAACCUGCAUUACCUCAACGACGGCGCCGACAUCAUCUUCCACACGGCCGCCGCCGUCAUCAUCCAGAGUCUGUCAGCGGGAACCCAGAGUUUCUACCUGGAACACACCGACGACAUCCUGUGUCUGACCGUCAACCAGCACCCCAAAUACCAAAACAUCAUCGCCACGGGACAGAUCGGUGACAUCAGCGACCUGCCAGGUCUUGCUCCGUCCAUCCACGUGUGGGACGCCAUGACCAAGCAGACCCUGUCCAUCCUCCGCUGUUCCCACGCCAAAGGAGUCGGCUACGUCAACUUCAGCGCCACGGGGAAGCUGCUGCUGUCGGUGGGGGUGGAGCCUGAACACACCAUCACGGUGUGGCGGUGGCAGGAAGGUACCAAGGUCACGAGUAAAGGGGGCCAUGCCGAGCGGAUCUUCGUGGUGGAGUUCAGACCGGACUCUGACACCCAGUUUGUCUCGGUGGGGAUCAAGCACAUCAAGUUCUGGACCCUGGUGGGAGGUUCGCUCGUGUACAAGAAGGGCGUGAUCGGGUCCGUGGAGGACGGCCGCAUGCAGACCAUGCUGUCUGUGGCGUUCGGCGCUAACAACCUGACCUUCACCGGGGCCAUCAACGGGGACGUGUUCGUGUGGAGGGAGCACUUCCUGAUCCGGGUGGUGGCCAAGGCGCACAGCGGCCCGGUCUUCACCAUGUACACCACCCUGAGGGACGGACUCAUCGUCACCGGGGGGAAGGAGCGCCCGACCAAAGAGGGCGGAGCGGUGAAGCUCUGGGACCAGGAGAUGAAGCGCUGCAGGGCGUUCCAGCUGGAGACCGGUCAGCCGGUGGAGAACGUCCGCUCGGUCUGCAGGGGGAAGGGUAAGAUCCUGGUAGGAACCAAGGACGGAGAGAUCAUCGAGGUGGGAGAGAAGAACGCCGCCUCCAACACCAUGAUCAACGGGCACACUCAGGGGGGGAUCUGGGGUUUGGCCCCUCAUCCUUUCAAAGACGUCUUCAUCUCCGCCAGCGACGACGGGACCAUCCGGAUCUGGGACCUGGCUGAUAAGAAACUCCUGAACAAGGUGAGUCUGGGUCACCCCGCUAAGUGCACCUCCUACAGUCCCAACGGGGAGAUGGUCUCCAUCGGCAUGGAGAACGGGGAGUUCAUCGUCCUGCUCGUCAACUCUCUGACCGUCUGGGGCAAGAAGAGAGACCGCAGCGUGGCCAUCCAGGACAUCAGGUUCAGUCCAGAUAACAGGUUCCUGGCGGUGGGCUCCGUGGACAGUGCUGUGGAUUUCUACGACCUCUCUCUGGGACCGUCCCUGAACCGGAUCGGUUACUGUAAGGACAUCCCCGGCUUCGUCAUCCAGCUGGACUUCUCUGCGGACAGCAGACACAUCCAGGUCUCCACCAGCUCCUACACCCGGCAGGUCCAUGAAGUCCCCUCAGGGAAGGUGGUCUCAGAGCAGACUGUGUUUGAGAGGAUCACCUGGGCUACCUGGACCAGCAUCCUGGGGGACGAGGUCUUGGGGGUCUGGCCUCGUAACGCCGAGAAGGCCGAUGUGAACUGUGCCUGCGUCUCUCAUGCCGGACUCAACCUGGUGACCGGGGACGACUUCGGACUCAUCAAGCUCUUUGACUUCCCCUGUUCAGAGAAGUUUGGUUUACCUUACGGUGAAAGUCUAGCUGCUGGUCCUCACAGAGUCCGGGAUGAGCUGAGAGGACGACCACGUCCCUAA